AUGACCUGGGACCGGAAACACCUGCACCGCUCGGUCCGAAACAAUACAAGCCUUGCAAGAGCUCCGGGGCCUGCCCUGGAGAUCAGCCGCAGGGUAAGAGGUGCUCCCUUCCCAGACCAAGACCCCCUCCUGUCCCUGCCCGAAAGCCCCAACCCGCCCAAAGCUGCUUCUGGGGCAGUUGAAGAUCAACUAAAGAUAUGUGGACACAAGAGGGAUGCUGAUGUCUUUGAGCUGUUCCUUUCUAAGAAGGAACUGACAGAUGUCAUUGACCUUUCCAGGUUUAAAAAACUAAAAUACUUAUGGCUACAUCAUAAUAAGCUCCAUGGAAUAACAUUUCUCACUAGAAACUAUUGUCUGACAGAACUAUAUCUAAACAACAAUGCAAUAUUUGAAAUAGAAGGCCUGCACUAUUUGCGUUCAUUGCAUAUACUCCUGCUACAUCACAAUGAGUUAACAAACAUCGCUGCAACAGUGAAGGAAUUAAAGGGAAUGCUAAACCUGAAGACCCUAAGUCUCUACCAAAACCCUUUCUGCCAAUACAACCUGUAUCGUUUAUAUAUAAUCUACCACCUUCCAGGAGUAGAGUUGCUUGACAGAAAUCAAGUUACAGAAAAAGAAAGAAGAUCAAUGAUUACCAUUUUUAACCACAGAAAGGCUCAUAUUGUUCAAUCAAUAUCAUUCAGAAGAAAAGUAGAUGCCUCAUGGAAUCCUAGAUCACCAGUUAAGCAAAAACCAGCCCUGAAAGUACCCUCAGAUUUUGCAUUUGCGAAUAAUGUAGACAAAACUGUGUUUGAUGAUCCAGAAGAUGCUGUUUUCGUAAGGUCCAUGAAGAGAUCAGUAAUGGCUAUUACCUUUCUGAACUGGGACACAGUUCCAACGCAAGAGGAAAAAUACCUCGAAGAAGAUAAAAAAGACACAGAACCUGCUCAAAUGCUCACAGUUACAAUAAGAUAACCCCUGGUAUUUCUAGAAAUCCUAGUGGGUUUCAGCUGUAUAUUAAACUUCUCUGUGAUUAAGCAGAUUAUGUAUUUAAUGUUAUUUGGAACAAUAUAAAUAGAAACAGAAACAUCGAUAAUGAAAAAUAGUUCCUAUAGUUUAAGUUUUUGUUGAAGUAAAAUAUGUAUAUAGAAAUGUACACAAAUCAUAAGUGCUCAGGUCAAAUUUUCAAACAAUGAACAGUCGUGCAACUGGUAUCCUUCAUCAAGAAACAAAAUAUCACCGGCACUCUAAAAGCAUCCUCAUUCUCGUCACCAUUCCUAUUACUCAUUACUACUCACCCUUCAAAAGUAGCUCAUGUUCUGAUUUUAAAACCAUACAUUAAUUGUGUCUGUUUUUAAAAGGCCUAUUAAUGGAAUCAUAGGUUAAAUGAUUUUUUUGGCUUCUUUUACUCAACAUUGUGAAAUUCACCCACGUUGUUGUUAGUAGCAGUAAUCUGUUGUUCUCAUUGCCAUAUAAUACUCCCCCUAUCUGAUGGUGCUUAGAACCAUCACACUAUAACACAGACACUGUAAAAGUGGAGCUGAAAUCAAAUCAGGCAAGAGAUGAAAUAUCACUGAGAAUCUGUAAUCUCCUUUUACCUGUGGGCACUUAUGAUUCUGUGCAUAGCCAGAGUCUGAAAUGCAGGUAUGGUCCCUGGCAGAAGGUUGCAGCUGAGAGUAAGAAAAAAGAGUUUGGCAUUGAUGUGGGUGAGUGGCUGAUAUCAUGGCAAAAGUGAUGACGUGUGGCUUCCAAGAUUGUCAUAUAAAGAACUGAAAUGCUCUUGCUCUCUCGCCUGGAUCACUAUUCUGCAGGAAGCCAGCUGCCAUAUCAUGCAGAACUUGAGCAGUCCUCUGGAGAGGUGCAUGUGGUGAAGAACAAGAGGCCUCCCUCCAAAAGCCAGUGAGGAACUGAGGCCUUCUGCCAACAACCAUUUGAGUUGCAAGCACAUCCUCCAGACCCAUUUAAAGCUUCAGAUGACUGUAGUCCUGGCUGAAAGCUUCAUGGCACCCUCCUGAGAAAGCCCAAGCCAGAACCACCCAGUUAAGCUGCUCCUUUAUUUCUGGCCUGCAAAAACUAUGAGAUAACGCUUAUUGAUGCUUCAAGCUGAUAAAUUUUGGGGUAACUGGUUACACAGUCAGUAAUAGAAAGUAACACAAUAACCCAGCAUAAUCCAUUGUGCUAGAAGUAUUUGUUGUAUGUAAGGAUGCCUUGUGAAGUCUCUGACAAGCUCUGAGAGGAGAGUCAUAGCCCAGUCUUCAAGGGUUCUUGAAUAAGGCCACACCAUCCGCAGCAGAAAACUCAUCAUGUUCAAUUAGCAGUUCUUGGCAUGCUACUGCAUCCAUUCUAGAACUGAGAGUCUGACCAUUGAUCAUUAAGUAACAGUUACAUCAAAGCUACACAUCAUGACCCGACUAUAUCAGAUCCAGCAAGCAAUAAUGUUGGGUGGGCGUGGCAACAAUCCACUUCAUGAUAGAAAUGGUGUAUUUGGGAUCAAGUUUAAGCUGGCCCAUGAGUUGCAUGAGAAGUAUUAAUUUUUAAUUAGAUUAUAAUUAGUUCAGAAUUAGGUAUUGUAAUCUCCAGGUUAACCACUAAAAGAGUAAUCAAAAAAUGCAUAAUCUGGUAUUUUUAAGCCUAUAAUCACUGAAAAGGAUGAAUAAUCUAUUCGUUAUAAAAAUAGGGCUAGAAAAUUUUACUUAACCUCUGUUUUAGAGAACUAAUGGAAAUGUUUCAUUUGUAUGAAGAAAAAAAUGCUUUAAAAAUGUACUCAAUACUGAAUGUUUUUAUUCAAUAAUGAAGGGCUACGAAGUGGCUGUGACUGGAAAACACCAUUUGGGGAGAAAUACAAAAUAGAGAAGACAUUAUCCUUACUUAAGUAACCCCAAACUCUACCAAAAUAGAACACACAUUUGAGAGGGUGCUUUUAAUUAAGUUGUUUUAAACAACAGAGACCCAUUCAAGCUGGCUCAAGUGAAAGCAUAUUUAUUCCACGAUCCAAAGGAUAUCUCAUGACUAGGAAACAGAAAACACCGAUAUAUAGAUCUCAGAGGGUAGUGGCUACAAGCUGGGGCUCUGGAAUCAGACAGACCUAGCUCAGCUCUUCCGCUUACUAGUUGUUACUUGGACAAUUUAGUUUUCUCUAGGCUUUAAUUUCCUAUUAUUUAUAAAAAUUAUUGUGGUUAUCUCAUGGAGCCUCAAGGAUUAAGUUAGGUAAUAUAUGUGAAGUGUUAGGUAGAUAGGCUUUCUCAAAGUAAAUGCUUAAUACAUGUUAGCUAAUACUGUUAUUCUUAACCCAAGAGCAGUUGUGCUCGUAAGGACUAUAUCUGGUAUCAAAGACUGAAUGUUUGUGUCCCUACAAAGUUUACAUGUUGCAAUUUAAUCCCCAGUGAGAUGGUACUUGCAGGUAAGGCCUUUGGAAGGUAACUGGGUUGUGAGGGUGAAGCUGUCAUGAAUGGGAUUAGUGCUCUGAUAAGAAAUUAAAGAGCAAGCUUACCCUCUGUUUGCUGUGUGAGGACACAGAAAGAGGGCACUCACCAAGAACUCGACAAUGCUGGCACCCCCAUCUCAGACCUCCAACCUCCAGGACUGUGAGAAGUAAGUUUGUUGUAUAAACCACCUUAGUGUAUGGU